UGGUCUCUUUGGACUUCGCAAUAAACGAUGCCUGGACAUUUUGUACUUAAAUCGAAAGUUUCGCCGAUUUAACUGUGAUUUUUUCGAGGUUUAAUUGAAAUUUUUCUGUACUGCUUGAAUAUUUCGUCGUUUAAGCUUUAAGCUUGCAUGUACUACGGUUUUUGAUUGCCGCAAAGAUGACAUCUUGGAGUCUAUCAUCGUCCCUGAAGGGGUGUUUAGCUUUUGCUGUGAUAAUUUCAGCACUUCUUGAGUUAUCAAAUGUACAAGGCUGCACAGUUAAUCAGUAUAAGAAAAUCUUGACCAGUGGAGCAAGUAUUUGCAUUGAUUGCCCAAAAUGCCCAGCUGGUUAUGGAUUACAACCUCAAUGUGGCAAAUCCAUAGCAGURGACACGAAARUAUGGUGUCAGCCAUGCAUGAAAGGAGUGAAUUAUUCAAUGACAAAUGACCAUGAACAAUGUCUUCCAUGUGGUAGCUGCUCUGAUGACCAGGUCUCAACACCAUGCACACCAGAUAGUAAAACAAUAUGCCAUCCAAAGUGUAAGAGUAAAGRAAACUACUUUGAAAAAAGUWSUGGCGACUGCCAGAAGUGCUCAUGGUGUUGCAAUGAUAAGAAAGAUGUUGUUGAGGAUGAGUGUACAAAUAAAAGUAUGCCUCGUCAUCAAAGCUGCACUGUUCACAGAAAAAGAGAGUGUACACYAGAUCCUGUUGCUAUCAUUACAAAGACAGCCUUUAGGCCAACAAACUCCUCAAAGCUUAAGACUUCUACUAGUACAUCAGCCAUUCACUCAGUCAGCACAACUAGUGAUCCAACUCAUACACCCAGUGGUCCUGAUGAUUCAAAGAAUGAAAAAAAAGACAGCAAAACAGAAACUUAUUUGGCAAUUUUUAUUGCUGUUGCCUUUAUAAUCAUCGUUUUAAUAAUUGUUUGGUGGAGAUACACAAGGAGAAAGCGCAGAUGUUAUACUUGCAAUCUAACAUUACCAUGUAGAUGCAAUCCAUUGCAACUAAGAGGAUCUCAAGAGGAUCAAGAUGGUGCGGAAUCUCCAUUCAUUCAACCUGCAGUAGUACAUAUUGAUGAACCUCCACAACCUUCACCAGUUGUUCAGGAUCCAACAAACCAAGUAAUAAUUGGUGCAGAUAUUCGACUGUUUGAUUGGUUUAAUGAGGAAAAUAAUUGGAGUGUUAAAAGUAGAAUUUGUACCAUGCUUAAUACUKAUGACUCAUUUGUUAAAGUUGGUUAUCACUUUGGAUUGGAUGAA